UUUUCCUUGCUCUUCUGGUUCUCUUGUCUUUUUCUGUCAUUGAAGCCCGUGCACAUUUUUAAAAAUUAUGAAGAUAUCAAACAUAACUCUGUUAAUACUCGCAUACCUUGCAACCGCUGCGCUUGGUAAAGGUGGCGGCGGAGGAGGUCGUGGUGGAGGAGGUCGUGGCGGAGGAGGUCGCGGUGGAGGAGGUCGCGGUGGAGGAUCUUCUGGUGGAAGCCGUGGCGGCGGCUCGUCUGCGGGCCGUGGCUCCAGCACUGCAUCAGGUCGAUAUGGCAACAGCAAUGGAGGUAGACCUGCCAUGACACAACCUGGCGCAGCAGUUGGUACCAGAGCAGGCAGUUACAGUUACCCUGCUGGAAGUACGUCGUAUCCAAAAGGCGGGUAUGGUGGAUUUGCAGGCAGUCCUCCGCCAUAUAGUUAUGCUAACACACGAACCAGCUAUACGAGAUAUCCAACAACAUAUACUGGCGGCUAUGGUGGCGGCACACGAAGUGGAUGGGUAGGCGGCUAUAAUCCAGGACUCAUCUACUGGUCUAUUAUUCCUGCGUGGGCAUUUAUCGGCUAUUACGGCGCUUAUCAUCGUUUCAACCAAGACGACGGUGCUUACUACGCACCCGAAAUUUCUGCUGCUUCUUCAGGCUCGUACGCAGUCUUGAACGGCACCGAAAACACUAGCGAUGAAGACAAUUAUUAUUACACGUUCAACAUGACCACCGCUUACUCGUACCCCAUGGCCGAUCAUGGUUUUAACCCUGCCAACUUUGCAUACCGACUCGCAUUUGCUCACAUUGUUGAAUUUAACGAUGCCAACCAAAACGGUUUUUAUGACGACAAUGAAGCCAUAGUGUCAGCCGUGUCUUUAGACAAUGUGGCAUGGGACAACAUUUCCGUUAGCAAUCAGACGUCUCCUGCUAAUGCGUCCUUGUGGUACUAUGAAUUCGCUACUGUCGGUCGCAAUUUGACGCAUACACGCACCCAACAACCCUUUGACGCUUAUCUGACCUGGCGCUCGACGAAUCUGCAAGUCAACAUGACCGAAGGUGUGCCUCUGCAGCCCAAUUCUUUACAGUAUAAUUUGACCCUUGCCAACUACCCAGCCUUGGCGAAUAGCACGCAUCGUUUGGCCAUUGCUCAGAUCUUGACGACCCAAGACGAUACAUCGAUUUUCCAGGAUGUCAAUACCACGACACCCAUCGAUGUUGCUAACCAAAUCAAGACCAAUCAGACCUACGGUAUGUCGCUAGGCGACUAUUCCCAAGGACGUCUUGAAUAUGAACCAACAUUUAAUAUCACCGAAGUCACCAAUCCUCCUACUCAAGCCGGUAUACCAUCGGAUGCUAAUACUAACAGCUGGAUUUGGGGCGAUCAGGCUGCUACUCGAAAACAGCACUUGCUUUUCAUCUCGAUUCCACCAAGCAACACCAACGGCACACCCAACCCUCGAUUGACAGGCUUCAGUUUCUUAGAUACGAACGUUAUGAAUGCCAUGGCGUUUGAAAACCUUGACUCGGCCUCGCCCAAGCUGAAGCUGUCCAUGAUGAUGUCUUUGGUCACGGUGUUUGCAGCAUAUGCACUUUUUUUGUAAAAAGAAGUCGACGCCAUCAACGAAAAUAUUAUAUUAUAAAUAUCAUUCUCCCGCUUGUUUUCUUCUUUUAUCUAUAUAAGUUCUAUUUCCACUGAUAAAUAGUCAUUUUUAGUAUGUAGAAAGUAACCCUUACCUCUUCCUUCUCUUGUAACUUUUUUAAAAUAUAUAUUUUUACUAUGACUUCAGAA